UGAGUGGAUCACUUCGAACGGGUAGUAUUUAAGCCUCACUACUCGCUGAAAUUCAAAUCAUUCGCAGCCCCUCAACGGAAUCGAAAUGUGCUACAGAUAUAGCUUCAGUUUUGUUUUAAUCGCGGUUCUGCUUUUGGCAGCCGGAAUUCACGGAGCUCCCUCGGAUAUUGUGGUGGAAAAGGCGGCGGAUCCAAAUGCCCCGCAAACCGUGCCAGACGGUGAAUCCAAAGUCCCCGAGGAUUGCCAUCAGCCGAAGGAAACUGGUCGCUGUUUUGCCCUCUUCUAUCGAUUUGCCUACAAUGUGGAUACCCAAUCAUGCGAGGAAUUCGUUUACGGUGGUUGUGCCGGCAAUAAGAACAAUUUCGAAUCCAAAGAGCACUGCGAACAGGCCUGCCUGGGAAAGUCAAUAAAUCCUAGCUCGGAAACCACCACUGAACAAAACAGCGAAGUGACCACCGAAUCGAGCACUACUGCUUAAUUGAAAUUUAGUUUUUAGUACGUAACGCCUAGGUUUAUGCGUCAUCCAACUGCAUCUCCACCACAAACGCAACACAUUUAAUUACCCAGUUGAUUAUUUUAAUAAAUUUGAUUUAAAAC